AAGAAGCUGAAGAAGAAGGAGAAGAAGAAGCAGGAGCUGCUGGAGAAGCAGAUGAAGGACCUGGAGGAGCUGGAGUUGCAGCAAGGGGGGGAGGAGGGAGAGCCGCAGGAGCCGAAGGCGGUGGGGUCGGGGCCGAAGGCGGUGCCGCCGGAGCCGUGCAAGCUGGCGCUGCCGACGCUGGGGUUGGAGAACGGGAUGCUGUCGAAGGAGGAGGAGAAGAAGAAUAAAUUAGACCACCGCAAGAGUUUCGCCGAGAUGGAGCAGGCGUUAGUCGAGUCGGGCGAAUUCCCCCUGGACCUCGAAGAGGAAGGAGCGGGAGGGAAUCUGGUGAACGGACGGAGGCACGGGUGCAGCGAGGAGCGGUCGUCCGUGGUGGAGGUUCCGAUCGGGGGGUGCGGGGAGGGGCCCCCGCCGGUCACGAGGGGGGUGGUGGUGGAGCACGGAGAGGGGCAGGGGAAUCAUCAUUCGCAGAUG